AUGGGAGUGACGCAGAUUGGAGGGACUGGGGGGAGGAAGCGAAGGGAGAAGGAAGCAAGGAGGAAGAAGAGGCGGGAAGAACCAGUAGAACAAACAUUUAAUUUGAAGUCUGAUGUUAGGGCUGCUACACUCGAUAACUUCCAGGUCCCCGCACCCACAGAUCUGUCGAGUUGGUCGAGAUUGUCGAAAUUGAAGAUAUUCACAGUCAGAAUUGCAUGGUGGGGAGGCGACAAAAACAAACAACUCCCCGCGCCGCUGGAAGGCGGUGAGCGCGUACUUUUCCUCUGCGGCGCUUCGCCGAUCAUCUCUGGCGAGAUACUUUUCACUAUGGCCCAGAUCAAAGGCAUCAAUGCUCAUGAUCGCCCACCAGAGGCUGUCCGCCAAUGCUACAAAAAGUACACAAGGUGUUCCUUGUCAGAUAUCAACCAUGACCUCGAGAUCCUCGACCUCCAACGACUAGAUCCGGAUGAGCUUCCCCCGGGUAUUACCGUCUCACAGUACAUGUCAAGUCAAGAUCUCCGGCUGGCUUUUGAUGAUUUUAUUCGCGGUGGACAUGCCUCAGACAAGGAACAUGCUCCUCUUGCUGAGAACAUACCCGUCUUCACACACAAUGCAGUAUCUGGUCUUUUGAUGAUACCCUCCUUAUUUCCCCCCACCGUUCAAAUCGAAUUACUAUCUCGUUUGCUGCACCGCGAUCUUCCUAAUCCCAAGCACAAGACCAAUCUCCAUCUCCACUACGAUGUCACAUAUCCCGAGGGAUCGGACAAUCAAGACACCCCAAAGUCCUUCUUCACCGAUGACCCGACACGGAUCCUCCAGCCAAAAGAUCCUCAGGUCCAUAAACCUCUCACUAUUCAGGGUGUGUUGGAAAAGAAGCUCCGGUGGGUCACCUUGGGUGGUCAGUACGACUGGACUGCCAAAGUAUACCCAUCUGAGCCCCCGCCACCUUUCCCACAGGACGUGGCGAAGCUGUUGAAGGCAGCCUUCCCAGAAACAGAUGCCCAAGCUGCAAUCCUGAAUCUAUAUUCCGCCGGAGAUACCCUCAGCGCGCAUCGGGACGUGAGUGAAGAGUGCGACAUCGGGCUGAUCAGUGUAAGUUUUGGCUGUGAUGGUCUAUUCCUGAUUAGCCAUGACGAUGGGAAUGGCGCGGAAGUCAUUCGACUUCGGUCAGGCGACGCCGUCUACAUGGACGGUACGUCGCGGUUUGCCUGGCACGGUGUGCCCAAGGUCCUGCCAGCCACUUGUCCCAGUUGGCUGGCAGACUGGCCAUCUCUUGGAGAAGAUGCGCCUGGCUCUCCAUAUCAAAUGUGGAAAGGAUGGAUGUCUAGCAAACGGAUCAAUCUCAAUGUGCGGCAGAUGACCAGUCCUGCUCCAUGA